AUGAAACUCGCAGUUGCUGUAUUGUCAUCGAUCCUGUUUGUUUGUUCAGCUACUACAGCCAGCCCAGUCAAUCCCAGUGCAGCUAAAAAUACUGGAGCUAGCACUUCAGCCGACACUUCCAGUACAAACGGUAUAGGCAUAGAUAAUCUUAGUCCAAUUCCAGAUGAGAUCAAGUAUUUGCUCAAAAAACACAUACUGAUACAGGAUGCUCGUAAUCAGCAAGAAAAAAUGUAUGGCCCGUUAAAAUCUCGAUACGACAGUCGAUAUCAAGUGCUAAUGGGCUACGAAAAAGAUCUUGAAAAUCUGAAAAGUGAAGCUCAAAAAGGCAAUGGCAAUCCAAAAUAUGGUAAAACUGAAAAGACUAAGCCUGAUCUUGAAGCUCAAGAUUCCAAAUUUGGCAAACUUCGAAAAAGCCUUGAUGAUUGCCAGUCCGAGAUUACUCGUCUUGUAGAAAAGGAAUGGGAAAACGAUAAACGGAUUGUGAGUUUCGUUUUCGGAACCCCUCUGAAUCUUGCAUCAGUUGCUCACCAAACUUCGCUUAUCAAAGAAAGGCCUUCUGUUAAAGAUUAUUUUGAAAAGCAAUUAUUAAAAUACAAGAGUAUUGGUAAAAAAUCUAGUCGACGAAAGCAUCGAAAAUCUGGUGACCGACGAAAACAUCGAAAAUCUGAUGGUCGACGAAAGCAUCGAAAAUCUGGUGGUCGACGAAAACGCAGAGAUUUUGAAUCAUCGGACGAAGAAUCAUCAGAAGAGUCAUCAGAAGAAUCUGAUGAUUCAUCCGAUGAAGAAUCUAGAUAUAAAUCUAAUCGGAAGAGUACUUUCAGUAUGCGGAGAGCUUCCUCCAAGUUUAUCACUAGAUUUGGAUCAUCUUUUCAGCGAUCCAGACGUGGCGGUCCAUCCAAUUGA